AUGGACUCGGCUGCAGGGGAAUAUGGCAUGGCUCGUGUGGGGUUGUUUUUGGCUUUGCUCGGUCUGUGGAGGUUCAGUGACGCUUGCCCCAAAUCAUGCACUUGCUCCAGCACCAGGGUUGUUUGUGUCGACCCUGAGCCCGGGAUCGAGGAGUUCCCGUCCCUCUCCGUAGACGACAUGGAAAACAUCACAGAGAUAUAUAUUUCUGAUCAAAACAGACUCUUUGUUAUGGAUGACAGCAGUUUAAAGCGUUACAUCAACCUCAGAAACCUCACAGUCACGAGAACAAAGCUGACCAACAUUUCCGUCGAUGCAUUUUACAACAACACCAGACUCCAGUAUUUAGACUUACGGGACAACAACAUAUCGACUCUAUCAUGGAGAAUAUUUCAAUUAUUGAAUUCGUACACACUCCUCUUAUCUGGCAACCCUCUGGACUGUGUCUGUGAGAACUUAUGGAUCAAACUGAGACCCCAAGAAGAAGUGGAGAGCCAGGAGCUGAAAUGUAUCGACGAGGCAGGACUUUCACACGCCUUCUUCACCCUCACGCCACCAGACUGCAAAAUCCCCAGAGUCGUGGUGGCUCCGACCACCGUGACAGAGAUGGAGGGUCACGACGUUCGGGCCUUGUGCAAAGCCUCCGGGUCUCCAGCUCCGCAGAUCGAGUGGAACAGCGACGUGCUCUACACCCACAACGAGAUCGAGGGGACGAACACAGAGAGCAGCCUCACACUCUUCGGCCUCUCUCCCGCCGAUAACGGUCGCGUGAUCACGUGUAGCGCUGAGAACAUGGUCGGCCAAUCAGAGGCCACGCUGCAGCUCAACAUCCUCUUCGCCCCGUCCAUACAGCAGCUGCUGGCCCCCGAGCGAGACCACCACUGGUGCAUCCCCUUCAGCGUGGUGGGAAACCCCAAGCCCGAUCUGCACUGGUACCACGAGAACGUCCCUCUCCAGGAGCAGGACUACAUCCGCACCAUGAUCCACGAGUCCACCGACAGCGAGGACCACGGCUGUCUGCAGCUGGUCAACCCCACGCACAUCCACAACGGCGUUUACAGACUGGUGGCCAAGAAUGAGUAUGGCCGCGACGACAAGAACAUCACCGCCCAGUUCAUCAAACCGCCCAAACUGGACUCCCCCGAUGAUGGCGAUUACUACGAUGCCACAGAACCUUCACCGCUGGACGAUAGUGUCGCUGUGUACGUUGUUGUUGGAAUAGCCGGCGUCGCUUUGACAGGCUGUGUGUUGAUGGUGAUUAUACUAAAAUACGGAAGAAACUCCAAGUUUGGAAUAAAAGGCUCUUCCUCUGUCAUCAGUAAUGACGAUGACUCUGCCAGCCCUCUUCAUCACGUCUCCAAUGGCAACAACACCCCGUCGUCCUCCGAGAUGGGCCCAGACGCAGUCAUCAUUGGGAUGACAAAGAUUCCUGUCAUUGAGAACCCACAGUACUUCCGUAACUCCGGCAGCAUCCUGAAAUCCGACACGUUUGUGCAGCACAUCAAGAGACACAACAUCGUCCUGAAGCGGGAGCUGGGAGAAGGAGCGUUCGGGAAAGUCUUUCUGGCUGAGUGCUACAACCUGACACCGGACCAGGACAAGAUCCAUGUAGCCGUGAAGACGCUGAAAGAGGCCAGUGAGAGCGGACGCGCCGACUUCUACCGAGAGGCGGAGCUUCUGACCAACCUGCAGCACGAUCACAUCGUCACCUUCUACGGCGUGUGUGUGGAGAGCGACCCCCUCAUCAUGGUCUUUGAAUACAUGAAGCACGGAGACCUCAACAAGUUCCUCAGGUCACAUGGUCCUGAUGCGAUCCUGCUGGCGGACGGUCAGCACAGUAUCGUGGUGGAGCUGACGCCGUCGCAGAUGCUCCACAUCGCUCAGCAGAUUGCGGCCGGCAUGGUGUACUUGGCCUCGCAGCACUUUGUCCACCGAGACCUGGCAACCAGGAACUGCCUGGUGAGGGAGAACCUGCUGGUCAAGAUCGGGGACUUUGGGAUGUCCAGAGACGUGUACAGCACCGACUACUACAGAGUGAGUAUAAAUGUGGGAGGUCACACAAUGCUGCCCAUCCGCUGGAUGCCUCCCGAGAGCAUCCUGUACCGACGCUUCACCACAGAGAGCGACGUGUGGAGUCUGGGCGUGGUCCUGUGGGAGAUCUUCACUUACGGCAAACAGCCCUGGUACCAGCUCUCCAACAACGAGGUGAUCGAGUGCAUCACCCAGGGCCGCGUGCUGCAGCGGCCUCGGACUUGUCCCAAGGAGGUGUACGACCUGAUGCUGGGCUGCUGGCAGAGAGAGCCCUACAUGAGGCUCAACAUCAGGGAGAUCCACGCGCUGUUGCAAAGUCUGGCCAAGGCCUCGCCCGUCUACCUGGACAUACUGGGCUGA